AUGCGUCGCGCGAUCCCUUCCAGGUUCACGAACAUCUGCAACGACGGAAUAUUCCUGCCAUUUCUUUACAACACCCGCACAAUCACUGCUCCGUUGCAGUGUUCUCGAUUCUUUCCCUCGCAAGCACGGUGUUCUCGUCGCGCUUGUUGCUAUUCAACCUCUUCGCUCGCAGAUGGAAAGUCCAUCCCGCAACCCAAAGCUGUUGCUGAACCCGAAGACCCUCCAAGCUACUUAAAGCACCGGGCGUCGAAGCUCACCAGGCGGAAAACAAAGACAUCGCGCCCCGGUUCUACUCUGACAGCUGCGGAAAGGGAGAUAUUUAGUCGUCUCCAAGAGUUGAAUGAGGAGUCUGAACCUGCGCUCUCAAAAUCCGAGGGUUCUGUUCAGCCGUUUUCGCAAAAACAAGUACUCGAUCGCCUUUUAAAUGACCAGGAAACCGCCGAAAUCACCUCCAUUUUUAGCUCCGUCGUAAAAGAUUUGGAUAAACCCUCUCCGCGCGUUAUCCCGGCUGAAAAUAUAGAAUCUAAUGUUGAAAAUGCGGAACAACUCGCCGCUUCCAUCACCCCGAAUCCCGAUAGCCAUGAGCAAGGACCACCCCAAUUUUCAAAGGUUUACUCGAAGCUGCAUGCAUUUCGGGACAGUCCGUCCUCGGAAGAGAACAUGGAUAUAGUGGGCAUUGAACCGUUCCCGCUUGCUAAACUAAUCGCGAAACGGGAGUCCAAGAAGAUUUGCCAGGAGCUUGAUGAUGCUGUGACCGCGGGCAAAGGUGACGUUGGCGUUUGGCAGGUCUGCGAAGAGAAGGUUUUUGGAAUGUUAGGGAUGCUCGAUCGAGAGAGGAUUGCGUCGCUUCCCGAAUUCAAGGACAAAGUUAGGCGGCGUGGUAGGCAUACCCGGGGACGAAAAUCAUCCCAGGGCAAUGGCGAUGUCGAUGGAAUAUCCGCGUCGCGGGUGCCAAUUGACGGAGAUAAACCGCUUGAUAUUCCCGAAAACGUGCCUACCGUUGCAGUUGUUCUGAAAGCAUACCCAACCACGCUCCUCCACGCAGUCAAAGUGUUUCAUCGACAUUUCCCCACCUCCCAAUAUAGUACGCAAUUAUUCGAGACCGUCAAGGCGCAUGGACGAGUUUCGCUAGUGAUGGGCGCUUCAGCGGGCCUCUGCAAUGAACUCAUAUCAUUCAGAUGGCGAGUAUACAACGAUUUGCCGUACGUGGUGAAGGUGCUGGAAGAGAUGGAGGAGGUUGGUGUUCGAUUCAAUUGGGACACUCUCUCCAUCGUCGACGAGAUACGAAAACAACGACAGGUGGAUAAAGGGAAUACUGGACAAAAGGAUGGCAUUGCGGAAAAUGGGACCUGGUGGUGGGAUUCGGAAGCCACGCGGUCAUCGUAUAAGAAUCUAGUGGGCUGGGGCCGAGGAAAGGUCGGAUGGAUCACGCGGAUCAGAGGCCACCUCAGGCACGAGGAGAAGAGGGAUAAGAAGCUGGAAGAAUGGUCUAGGAGGGCUGCUUGA